AUGCAUCUUCUCGUGGCAACGCCGCAUUUCGUUGUUACUCUUUGGGUAAUAUUCCACAUAAAGCAAAUAAACACGAAAGCAAUCGAGACACCAUCUAGUCCUACAGUUUCACAGAAUAAUAAUAAAUAUGCGCAAAGAAGAGAUGGAUACGACUACACUCCUCACACAAGUGGAGCAGGUCCAGUUGACAUCCAACACGUCUACGAUGGGGAUCAAUUCAACGUCAACGCAGGAUAUCAAGGCUACCAGCAGGAUAUCCAGCAGGACAUCCAGUACGAUGGCCACCACGAUAUUCACCAUGAUAUCCACCAUGAUGACCACCAUGAUAUCCACCAUGAUAUCCACCAUGAUGACCACCAUGAUAUCCACCAUGAUAUUCACCAUGAUGACCACCACGAUGUUCACCACGAUCACCACCACGAUCCUGGAUACUGGAAGAAGAAGGUGACGUGGAAGAAGGGCUGGAAAAAAGUCUGGAAGAAAGGGAAAAAGCAAAUCUGGAAGCCCAGCUGGAAGAAAUACUGGAAACCGAUCUGGGUGCCUACCAAGAAGCCUGGCUGGAAGGAGAUCCAGGUCCCCGACUGGAAGACGAUAUGGAAGCCAGUGUGGAAACCCAUCAAAGUGCCAGCUUGGAAGGAAAUACAGGUGCCCGACUGGAAGAAAAUCUGGAAGCCAGUUUGGAAACACAUAAAAGUACCAGCUUGGAAGGAGAUCCAGGUACCCGACUGGAAGAAAAUCUGGAAGCCCGUUUGGAAGGAAAUCCAGGUGCCUGCGUGGAAAGAGAUACAGGUACCCGCUUGGAAGCAACACUGGAUACCCGUGUGGGUGAAAGAAGCCAUCCAUGGCGACCACUACUUGGGCAAAGACCACGAUGGCGCUGAAAUAACCGCGCACGACCUCUGGAAGAAGAAACUCGUGUGGAAGCCGAUCUGGAAGCAGUACUGGAAGCCAGCGAAGAAGCAAGUUUGGGUGGCGGACAAGAAGCUAGAAUGGAAGGAGGCUUACAAACAGAUAUGGCGGACAGAAAAGAAGCAGAUCUGGGUGGCUGAUAAGAAGCUGGCUUGGAAGGAGGCUUGGAAGCAAGUGUGGCGUACUGAGAAGAAGCAAAUCUGGGUGACGGACAAGAAGUUGGAGUGGAAGCAAGCUUGGAAGCAAGUCUGGCGUACCGAGAAGAAACAGAUCUGGCUUCCUGACAAGAAGCUGGAAUGGAAGGAGGCUUGGAAGCAAAUUUGGAUACCAGACUGGAAGGAGAUUUGGCUUCCGGACUGGAAACUGAUAUGGCGGCCUGUUAUCAUCCAGGAGUGGUUCCCAUCUCCAGAUCAUCACGAUCAUCACCAUGAGGAACAUGGUUGGGAUCGGAAAGAUAACCAGUUGCAGGCUAGUCAAGUGAGAGCUCGAUAUGUGGUGCCAGAGGCUAAGGAGGCAGUUGGAAACGACCAAAGAUCUUCCAGAAAUUUGACUUUUCCUUCGUCGUGAGAAUGAGUAGGAUAGUCGGUGAUCCUUUUAUCUUUGUAAAUAGUAGUCUGUAGGUGUGAUUUAUCGACUGACUUUUGAGUGAAGUGUUAGAUUAGCUGUUUAAGGUUGUUUAUUAUUGAUUGUUGCAAUUACUGUAAAUACCUGAUAUUAUAUUUAUGAAUUUGUUGAUGAUGCAUUUUUUUGACCAACAAAAUUCCUAGUUCAGCCUGCUUGAUGAAAUGAAAUGACCAUGAAACGAAAUACAAUUGAUAUCU